CAUCUCCAUCUGAGGAUGAUGUCAGAGCAGCUGACAGGCUGCCAUCCACCCCACCUCCUCCUCCUCCAUCCCUCCACUGCCUCCACCCCUCCCCAGUCCUUUAUUGUGAGUCUCAGCGGCAGCCUGGGAGAGUUAGUACUGUGUGUGUGUGUGUGUGUCUGUGCGCACGCUGUGUAUGUGUGUGUGUGUGUUUGUGGCUGCCGAUCAGCGCCAGUUAGGAGGAGGAGGAGGAGGGAGGUGGUAUCUCGUCCCCCUCCAACAUCUCCUCCACUUUGCAUCUGUCCCUCGCAGUUUGAACAGCGUGUUUUUUUUGCCUGCCUCCCUCUUCUUUUUCUUCUCUCCUCUUCUACCCACUCAUUGAUUCAGAAAGAGCGAGCGAGGAAGAGAAAGAGCAAGAAAGAAAGAAAGAGAGAGAGAGAUACACAGCCAUUCCCAGCCAGAGAGCCCAGCUAUUCUGCUACAGUGGAGUUAAUCAAGUUGAUGCAUACUGCUGCAGGUUAUGAGGACGGCAAGAUGGAGUUCCCAGACCACAGCAGACAUUUACUCCAGUGUCUGAGCGAACAGCGGCACCAGGGCUUCCUGUGUGACUCCACGGUGCUGGUGGGCGAUGCCCAGUUCCGGGCCCACCGAGCAGUGUUGGCCUCCUGCAGCAUGUACUUUCACCUCUUCUACAAGGACCAGCUGGACAAGAGAGACGUGGUGCACCUCAACAACGACAUUGUCACAGCACCGGCCUUUUCCCUGCUCCUGGAGUUCAUGUAUGAGGGCAAGCUGCAGUUCCAGGACCUUCCCGUAGAGGAUGUGCUGGCAGCGGCCAGCUACUUGCACAUGUAUGACAUUGUCAAGGUGUGUAAGAAACGUUUGAAGCAGAAGUCCACGACGGAGGCAGACAGCACGCGCAGAGAAGAGGAUGGUGGGUCCAGCUGCUCCGAUAAGGCCGACAGUCUAUCAGAUGGCUCUAUAGGCCGGCCUGCCACUGCCGACCUGCUGCACAGUGAUGAAGAGGAGGAGGGGAAGGUCGAAGGAGGACCGCUGUGGCUGAGGCUGCCGUCUGCAGACAUACCAAGGACACCAGCCAUGGCUACAACCAGCCCAGGGCAUGGUGAGGCAGAGAUGCAGGGUGGGGAUGGGCUGGGGGAGGGUGGAAAACUGCUCUCCCCGGCCGGCAGCCCUACCAGCUCCACUGGGUCCCUCUCACAGAGGUCCCACCGCUCCGUGAGCUCUCGUGGAGCGCACAGGGGCAGGAGGGUGUCAAAUGAUGUGGCUGACUGUGUCCUGGACCUGUCAGUCAAGCCAAUUGCAGGUAGCAACCACAGUAACCACCACCAGUCCUAUUUUAGCGGGGCAGCUACACCAGACAGACUCCAAAGCCCAUUGGCUGUAAGGGUGAAGGUGGAGAGGGGUGUGGCUUCAGACGAGGAAGAGGAACUGGGAGGUGGGGACUAUGACAUGGAACACAGCGGCAUCACCAAGGUGACGGCUCCCACCACCAAUGGGGGCCUGGCCCACCACGGGGUCGGAGGGCCUCUGUCGGCCCAGCGGAGGCUCGGCCUGGAAGCUCACCUGUCCGCUCUGCGAGAGGCCUCUCUAGCCUCGGAGCUGGAGCGGGAGGAGAAGAGUUCAGCCACUGCAGACGACGAGGAAAUACUAGGGGGAGAAAACGAGCGCACCCAGGCCGAGGUGAACAGCAUGGAUAGUUCCCUGCUGCCCUACGUCUCCAACAUGCUGUCAGCUCAACACACCCAGAUCUUCAUGUGCCCGCUGUGUAACAAGGUAUUCCCCUCCCCGCACAUCCUCCAGCUUCACCUCAGCUCCCACUUCAGAGAGCAGGAGGGCAUCCGCUCCAAGCCCGCUGGAGACGUCAACGUGCCCACGUGCACCAUCUGCAGCAAGACCUUCUCCUGCAUGUACACGCUGAAGCGCCACGAGCGGACACACUCCGGUGAGAAACCCUACACCUGCACCACCUGCGGCAAGAGCUUCCAAUACUCACACAACCUCAGCCGCCACGCAGUGGUGCACACACGCGAGAAGCCGCACGCUUGCAAGUGGUGUGAACGGCGCUUUACGCAGUCCGGGGACCUCUACCGACACAUCCGCAAGUUCCAUUGCGAACUUGUCAACUCGCUGUCAGUGAAGAGCGAACCACUGGCACUGCCCAAUGUCAGGGAUUGGGCGAUUGAGGACAGCUCCCAGGAAUUGUGGAAGUAGAAACAGACUGGGUUUGACAAAGGGAAAGAGAGCAGAGAGUGAAAGAGAGGCAUGAGGAGGUGAAAGGGAGGUGGAAAAGUUUGAUAUUUGGGGUUCAAGUGAGUCAUGUUCUUGUAUGUCGCAAAAUCUCAUUCAAUUGCACUUUAAUAGCACAUGAAAAUGUUACUACUGAGUUUUUUUUUGUUGCUGUUUGGGGUAAUUUUGUUUUAUUCUACUUUAUUCUGAACUCUUAUUUCUAUUUGGCAUAAGUUCUGUUUGGUGGUUUUCAUUGCGUCUAAGGACAUGGGUUCCAGUGAGAAUGUCUCACCUUCUUGAAGAGUUUUCACGCUGUUUGUGUUUCAUCUCAGACACAACACUCCGACGCUGGCCAGCGUAUCGGUCCCAGUUCCACAGACAGCAAACACCACUGCAGGAGUUCAGGUCGAACACACUGAAGUGCAAAAGCAUUACAAUACACUAAACGGGUACUGUGAUCACCACACAUACACAGUUUGAAGUAGUGUGUGUGUAUGUGUGUGUGUGAUACUGCACUACUCUGGCUAAAAUUUCACCUGACGUGCGUGAGUGUGUAUGAGUGUGUUUUGUGUGUAUUAAUUUUAUUUUCUACUGGCAUGGAGGUGUCGUUGGCGAAGCGCUCCCCGCUUCUCUUGUUAAGCUCUUUGGUGUUGUGUGUUCAGGGUAAAGCUGACUGACUGACAGACUAUGGCACUCAUGCAAUGCACAGCCUCUUUUUCACUUCCAAUCAAUUUGAAGUAUUUUCUAAAAAUGAAAAGACCUUUACAAAUUAUUAUUAUCAUUAUUAUUAUUAUUAUUAUUAUUAUUAUUGUUAUUAAUAGAUUUUUUUCUUGAAUCUAGCUGGCAGUCUUUAAAACAUCUCUUGUUGAAAAGGUAUUUAAUUUAAGGUUGUUGUAUAUUGUUCUGCUAUAGUUUUAGAACUUAAAUCUGUUACAUAUAUUUUUUUUUUUUUUAAAUUAAUGAUUAUUAUUAUUUUGUUACUUUUUUUGUAAUGGGACCUGCUGUUGUUGCAUGACGUCCAAACCUGUAUAUUUUAAAAUAAAAAUGUGAAUUUGCUGUAUUACUGUACACAUUGUAAUUGAUCAAAUAUUUGACAACAGGCUUUCUUUUUCUUUUCUUUGUGAAUACUACUCCAGGGUGCAGUCUGUUUGAAAAACUGAAUAUUAUUCUCACAGUAUGGAAAUAAUGCAUGAAAAUUUGAUUUUGUCUUAAACCUUUAAGUUGUGGUUAUUGCAUCGCAGGGGGGAGGUGUUUGAACAUUACACUUUUGACAGUGACAAGAUGGAUUUUUUUCUAUACGUCGUAGGUCUGUCGCUGGGCUCCUAGAAGAAUGUUACCGAAUGUGUUUCCGUCGGAUGUUGAAGCGAUAAGAUGAAGCAUUUUAAGCCUCUGUGUAUAUGCACUGAUCUCUGUGUGUGUGUGUGUGUGUGUGUGUGUGUGUGUGUGUGUGUGUGUGUGUGUGUGUGUGUGUGUGUGUGUGUGUGUGUGUGUGUGUGUGUGUGUGUGUGUUUAUGAGCCUGUGGCUUGGUUAUUACCAGUCAAUUUAACCUACUGAAGAUCUACGUCCACCCAGCACUUCCUCCUCCUGCUCCUCCUCAGGCGUUCAAUUUCUCUACUGCUGUAUGUUUGUUUUUCACCUCCCAUGUCUCCGUCCUCUCCAGCUCUAGAUGUGGUAAAGCCAUUUUUUUUUGUUAUUAUUUCUGCUCAUUGGGCACUUACUUCAGGUCUGUUGAGUGCAGUAAUGUGGCUCUGACUUGGUUAAAGUGAGAAGAUUAACGAAGAGAGAGAGAGAAAAAAUAAGGAGAGCGGCCGUAACUGAGCUGUCCUGCUGAAAGUUGAAGGGUCAGAUAUGUUUGUCACGAGCUGAGCGGGGCCGUGCUGAUUCAGUACAAUAACCCACAUUAGAUGCAGUGGCGUGAAUGUGAUAAGACGUCUGUUUACGUGUGUGCGUUUUCCUCUUGAAACAUAAUCCUUACUUUGAGAUCGAUGGGAGUGAAUUGGCAUGCCUGAAUGCACCUUUUUAAGCUAAAAGACAUGAAAUCAGAUUUUUUGCUGAAAAGAUGCCUUUAUUUAAA